GAGAGAGAGUGAGUGAGUGUGAGAGAGAGAGGGAGAGAGAGAGAGAGAGGGAGUGUGUGAGAGAGAGAGAGAGAGAGAGAGUGUGAGAGAGAGAGAGUCUCGCGCUUUAAUGUGAGCAGGCAAACUCGUCCUCGCGCCCGGGUUUAGUGACGUGGCGGUUGGGGGGUAAAUUGAGAGGCACUGCGGUGUUGGAAAUGACACACAGCGCGUUUGUCACUCUGUUCCAGUGUCUCUGUUUAAUGUCUUCAGUCUGAUCUGAUUCCACUUAAGCGCUCGCUCAGACUAACGCUACCUGAGGAAGCAGGAGGGACAGGAGAGAGUUGGGCUAAAGAGCACAGAGGCAGCAGGACGAGUGGAAUAUUUCACAACUUCAUCAUGGAUGGAUUAAGCGCAACGUGUUGAGUCCAUCAUUUGGCGGGUUCUAGUUGAUCACAGAUGGGUGUGGAAAUGUCGUGGCUGCUGUGGGUGUGGAUCAGUGUGACCGUCAUGUUGGUGUGUGAUGCCACCUUCUAUGAGACCAUACACCAGCACCUGGCACCACCUGGGACCAACAUCCAGAUCCUCGAAGGAGGGACAUGCGAGGUGAUUGCUGCACACAGAUGCUGUAACAAAAACAAGAUCGAGGAGCGAUCACAGACAGUCAAGUGUUCCUGUUUACCAGGGAAAGUAGCAGGAACCACGAGGAAUAAACCCUCCUGUGUGGACGCCUCUAUAGUGGUGGGGAAAUGGUGGUGUGAGAUGGAACCAUGUCUGGAGGGAGAAGAGUGCAAGACUUUGCCAGACAACUCGGGCUGGAUGUGCUACUCUGGGAACAAGAUCAAAACCACCAGGAACACCCAUCCCUAUACAUCAUUGUAGCAGUGGGAGCUGUUCAGUGCAGAACAGGAGUACAACAGGACAACAGUUAAAUAAACUACUCCAGUGGAAGGAAGCUGGUGAACUUGAUGUUAAAUUUCAGGCGGCUAUUUCAUUCUUCGACUUUCUACCCAAUAAUGUGACCAUCGCCUGACUGAGGAAGUCUGUGGACAUCUUUUCAUUCAUGAUUUGACCAUUGUUUCUGCUCAUUUUGGUUUGCGCUGUAAAUCCUUGGUAAUCUGAGACUUUACCCUGUUUGUUGCAGUUUGCCCAAAAUAUAGUGUUCAUUCAUGACAUCCUGGUGAUCCUUGUUUCCAGAAAUGACUGAGCUAACAAACUCACCUACAGUGGUAGAUUUACGGCAUGUCUUUACGGAAGGAAGAAGACUUUUCAUAAGAACAAGUGGGUAAAGCCUCGUCAGGUAUCACUGAGGAGCUCACUGCAUUUCUCCUGCAACUAAAAUGGACUGUUAAGGACAUGUGUGACAUAAAACUGAUCCUAUAAUUGUUCGCAGACACAUCAUCAUCGUCUAACCACAGAUAUCUGACAUCAUUAUGUGGUUAAGCAAAACACAAGAUGAAAUGGCAUAUAAAAAAUGAUGUUUGAGUUGUGGUCAAUUAAACUGUAACUCUGAAACCACAGUUAACUGUGAUUUAAAAGGCGAAAGCACAAUAAUGUAAAGUGUUUUGAAAAGAUGAACUCAUUAUCCACCAUGUGCUAGUGAAGCUCUAGUCCAGCUCUAGCUGAUUUUUCCUGUUUCUGGUACAUUAAACUUAUGAUAAAUUAAUAGAGCAUCAUUGAGAGGACUCCAGUGUGAAAGCUAUGAGACAUAUUAUCAAAGCCAAUGAGGUCUGAUCGAAACCUGCUGCUGCAUGCAGAUAUAACAUAGCAUGGAGUUUAAAUACUCAGAGUCAGAUUUAUAUUCAGCUAUCUGGAGUUUUUGCCUUCAUUAAACAGGUAGUAAAAUGUGGAAUUUUAAGAUGUUCUCUGUGUUAGAGUCCUGAAAGGUUCUGAAUGCUACUUCAGAGAAAAUCAAUUUAAAUAGAGGUGAUAGUCUUUUGAGAGCCUGAAUGAACAAAAAAAAAAAAGUUACUUUUAUGUUAUGGGUUUGUUUUUUCUAGCCAACCACAUGGCACCAGUAAAAUGUCCAGUGAAACUCGACAUACAACAUAAAAUCUGUGGGAGGAUGUGACCUAUAUAAGAU